AUGAGCCAUCCGCCUUCGUCAAUGAUGGAACUUGACGUUCUGUCCAUGGAAUCCCGAAAGAGAUCUUUUACUACCGAGGUCGCAUCGGUACCUUCAGUCACUCCCACCAAGUCUGGGGAGCCCUCUCUUGGGAACGGCAGUCUGGGUACUAGAUCGUCUUCAGCCCCACCUUCACGCAAACAAAUCACGACAGGCCGUAUCCAGUUUCUCGCUUUGUGUUUCUGCCUCUUUCUUGCUGGAUGGAAUGACGGCUCGACUGGACCGCUGUUGCUCCGCAUUCAGGAUGCCUAUCAUGUAAACUUUCUUAUUGUUUCCCUGAUGUUCGUAUUCGCGUGUGUCGUAAGCAUCUGGUGUAUUUCCACUGCGUACCGUUUUGAAUUGCAUGACCAGGGCUUCGUAUCUGGGGCGUUGAUAAAUGUACCUCUGAAUGACAAGCUUGGUUUUGGACGUGUAAGCUUCAAAAUGAUUUCCGUAGACGGCACAACAUCUAACAACGUCCCUGGCACUCUUUCCAGGUUAUCGCAAUUGGUGAGAUCAAUUGACCGACAGCUCAACCAUAACCCACCGCCGAUUUAUAGGCGCUUUAUGUCAGGUUGUCGGCUAUGCAAUCCAAGCGCCUGGACCCCCGUUUCCUGCAUUUGUUUUUGCGUUCGUAAUCAAUGGGGUUGGCAUAGCUCUACAGCCAAUGGUUUUGUAGCAACACUGAAGGAUAACCCCGAAGCGAAGAUGGGCAUUCUUCACGCUGCAUACGGCGUUGGAGCGCUUGCCGCCCCUUUGGUCGCCACCCAAUUCGCACAACUUCACCGGUGGUCAUUCCACUACAUGAUUUCUCUUGGACUUACCAUAGCAAACGCCAUCGUCCUAUGGGUCGUCUUCCGCUUCAAGAAUCAAGAUGACUGCCUCCUACAAGCUGGCGAGACAGUUGCGCAAAAAGUUGCCGGUGAGGACGACCACAAAUUUCGUCAGAUCAUGCAGACCAAAGCCGUCCACUUGCUUGCUCUAUUCACCCUCGUUUAUGUUGGGGUUGAGGUUACAAUUGGGGGCUGGAUCGUGACAUUUAUUAUUCAAGUUCGUAAAGGAGGGCCAUCAUCGGGUUAUAUUUCUUCUGGAUUUUUUGGUGGCCUUGCACUUGGUCGGGUUUUACUUCUGUGGGUAAAUCAGAAGGUCGGAGAACGACGCGCACUGUUUAUCUACGCAUUUCUCGCCAUUGGUUUAGAAAUUGUUGUCUGGACUGUCCCGUCUCUCGUUGGGGACGCCAUUGCCAUAUCUAUCGUCGGCCUGCUUCUAGGACCGAUGUACCCGAUUGCGAUGAACCAUGCUUCACGCGUCCUCCCCCGAUGGAUUUUGACUGGCUCAAUAGGUUGGAUAGCGGGAUUUGGACAAGCGGGCAGUGCGGUACUUCCAUUCAUGACAGGCGCUAUCGCGGAAAAGCACGGGAUUAAGACGUUGCACCCUUUCCUCGCGGCGAUGAUGGUGGUGAUGACUUUGUUGUGGGCGAUAGUGCCCAGGACAUCGAGAAGAGGGGAUUAG